UCCACGUCGCCAUGAAGUCCUCCGCGCGCGCCCUGCUCUUCGCGCUGGCCACGGCAGCGCUGCUGGCGUCGGUGGCCGCCGACGGCGACUGGCCGGGAUUCCCCCGCAGAAAACGAGAUUCUUCCGCAAAUAUUAAUGACUACAUGGAUCGAGUAUUGGAACAAGCGCGAGUGUUUCUGGUGGACAAUCAUCUGGAGCCAUAUGAACUUGACGAUAAGAUCUUAUACAAUUUGACUUUCAAGCUGCUCCUGCCGUGGCGCACGCGCCUGGGGCUGUACGACGGCGAGGCGCAGAACCUGACCACCCUGCGGCGCCAGAGCGACGCCGAGCUCACCUACACCAGCGACGCGCGCUCGCUCAACCUGGACGCCGCCGUCGCCUUCGACCGGCUCGUGAUUAAUUACAAGUACGCAGACCAGCUCUUCAACAUUGGACCGCAUGGAACUGUGAAGGCCAUACUCAAAAAUCUUACUGCAAAUUUGAAUAUUGAUGUGAAAUUACUGUCAGGGAAAGCAACGCUUAAAGAAUUCAAAUUGAACUCAGCCAAGAGCAUCAAGGUUGAUGUGACUGGCCUGACGUUCCUGGGCAACCUCAUCGUGGAGUCGUUCGUCAACUUCUUCACGCUCAUCCUCAAGGGCCCCAUCCUGAAGGCGGUGGAGUCGCAGGUGACGAGCGCGCUUGCCUCCGCAGUCAACUCCACGAGCAUUCCCUUCAAUCUCACCCUCAGCAGCUAGACCACGCGCUCUCUUUCACCUGCGUGCUUUACUUCCGAACACUUGAACAUCGCGUUUAUGUAGUUGUUGGACAAUAAAACGCAUUAUUUCUCUUGUA